AUGAGUGAACAACAACAACAACAACAACAACAACAAACACAACAACCACAAACAUUUGUCGUACCAAGCAAAGUAAUAACGAAUCAGAAUGAUUUGAAUCGAUUCUUGGCCACUGAUACUGCCAAAGAGUUGUUAUCAUUCAUUCAGAGAAUGGGUGAUAAUGUGAUUGGUAAAUCAAGUAGAGAUGAAUGUAUUAUAUCAAAUACAACACAAAAUAUUAUAAAUGAAAUAACAAAGAUGAGUAAUUGGAUUGAUGAGAUACCACCACUUGCACAACCGAUGAGAUAUGGUAACAAAGCAUACAGAACAUUCUAUCAAAAGGUGGUUGACAAUAUAGUAGAUAUUCACAACAACAUUGUACCACAAGACAAACACGAUGCCAUUCAAGAACUAUCACCCUACUUGUUAGAUUCAUUGGGUAAUCAAACUCGUCUAGACUAUGGUACAGGUCACGAAUUACACUUUGUUUGUUGGUUAUAUUGUCUACGUAAAAUUGAUGUAUUAACAUCAACCGAUGAAAUUGCAUCUGUAUUGAAAAUAUUUACUUUAUACUUGGAUUUAGUACGUAAACUUCAAAGAGUAUAUGGUUUGGAACCAGCUGGAACACAUGGUGUUUGGAGUUUGGAUGAUUAUCAAUUCAUACCAUUUGUAUGGGGUGCUGCUCAACUCACCGAUAACAAAGAUCGUCUAAAACCAACUGAUAUCCUUCAACCAAAGCUAGUUGAUGAAUUUUAUCCAUUUUAUCUUUAUUUCUCUUGUAUCAAAUUUAUUAAUACUGUUAAAAAAGGACCAUUCCAUGAACAUUCACCAGACCUUUAUAAUAUAAGUGGAGCUGCUAAUUGGGCAAAGAUACAUCAAGGAAUGAUGAAAAAAUUCUAUGUUGAAGUAAUGACCAAAGUUCCAAUCAUUCAACAUUUUCUAUUUGGUUCCAUUAUUCCAUUUUCAAUUGACAAAUAA